GCAAACACAGUUCAGCUCAUUAGCAAACAAAGACCAACAGCAGAGCAGCUCAUCCAAGAAGAUAUGGCCACGGCCAGCAGCUUCCUGUCUGAAGAUCAGUUCCUGUGCGCCAUAUGUCUGGAUGUUUUCACUGAGCCUGUUUCGAUUCCAUGUGGACACAACUUCUGCAAAGCUUGUAUCCACAAGCACUGGGAAAACAAAGAGCAGUGUCAAUGUCCGCUGUGCAACGAGAAGUUCAACCAAGGGCUCAAACUUCGUGUCAACACGGGAUUCCGGGAGGUUGUGGAGAAAUUUAAGGAACAUUAUGCCACAGCUGACAAUAAUUCCCUGGCCAAACAAGGCCAGGUGCCAUGUGACUGCUGCCUCGGCAACAAGUUCAAAGCCUCUAAAACCUGUUUGGUGUGCUUGGCAUCUUAUUGUGAAACACACCUAGAGCCUCAUUUGAGAGUUGCGGCCUUAAGAAGACACAAACUGACAAAUCCUGUGCGUAACCUGGAGGACCAAAUAUGCAAGAAACACAACAGGAUGUUGGAGCUCUUCUGCAUGAAUGACCAGACAUGUGUUUGUGUCCUGUGUACAGAACAUCACUCUCACCAUACAAUACCUUUAGAGGAAGCCCUAAGAGACAAGAGGGCUCAGAUGGGGAAGAAAAAAGUAGUAGUACAGAAGAGUAAACAUAGGCUGGGAAAGAAGGGCCAGAAGCCAAAAGAGCCAGUGCAGACCAAGAGGAAAGGCGAAGAUGAAGCAAUGUCAAACUGUGUGGCGUUGAAUCAAAUGCAAGAUCAUCCCAUGUGGUGGCUUCCAGACAGUGUUCCUGGAAACGGAACACUUUCUAAAUGGAGAUUCUACCUUGAGCUUGUGGCUGAAGAGAGCGAUUUAGGAGGAGUCACAGAGCCGAUGCGUGGAACAAAGGCAUUCGUACCUAACCCGAACAAUGGAAACUGGGUCGUAAGGGUAGGGGCUGUUCCCAACAACAAGUCUCAACACAUCAUCCCUACCCAUUGCUUCUUGGUAAAGAAAAUUAAGAGAGUCGUGGUGUAUGUAAACUAUGACAAUGGAUCGGUGUCCUUCUAUGAUGCCGACGCCGAUAUAAUUGCCUUCCAUUUUACCGGCUUCCAUUUCAAUGAGAUGGUUUACCUAUUCUACUGCCCAGAGGACAGCUGGUUUAACAGGCUGCAAGAGAAGGCUCAAAAUAUAAAAGCGUGGUCUCAACUCCCAGAUACCAUAUUUGUCUUUCGUUGUAUUGGCCUUUUCUUUGUAGUCGUUGUUUUCUUUGCAUUUUGUAACUAAAAAUACUUUUUCUAAAUCAUGAAAUUAAAUAUAAACUCUUCUCCUUCUCCCUCCACUCACCAUCUGUCACAUUCAUCAACUAAAUAAUACAUGUUCAUGUACAGUAAGUCUGUAAAUACUGUGCAAUACUAAUACGUUUAAGUACUUUUUAAUUUUUUUUAACAUUUAUUUUAUACACUUUAUCCACUUUAUUCUACUCCGUCUGUAUAUAUAAUAUUCUUCUUGUUUUUUACUCUUUUAUCUUAUUUCUGUUAUUAUACUACUCGUUUUACUUAUUACUGUGAGCAAUGCUGCUGUAAUCCUGUAAUUUCCCCACUGAGGGACUAAUAAAGGAUUAUCUUAUCUUAUCUUAUCUUAUCUUAAAUCAGAGUUCACAUGUUAGAAGUUGUAAUUAUGACUUUGUAUGCUUGUUUUUUGAUUUUGUGUUGAAUUUUCAAUAAAUUAAUUGACAUAAA